AAGUGCCUUAGGUUAAGAACAUGAGUGAUCCAGCUAUCACAGAUGCUAAAUAUGUAUUGGGAGACAAAAUGGAUGAAGGCAUCCCAGAUUUUCCCAAUGGUCCUCUGGACAUCUACAGGAAGAAAGCAUCCUUCAGCUGGAAGGACAUGAUGCGCUUUCUGGAGGGGGAUGAACUCAUUGCAUUCAAGCAGCACGUGUUCAGGACUCUGGAGAGGGACCCACUUUUUGCCCGGCAGCCUGGUGAGGACGUCCCAGUGGAGCAGAAGCGAGAGCUCACCUUCCUCCGCUGUAAACAGUUGUUUAAGUAUGACUUUAUAACACGAGAAGAGCUAAUGCAGAACCCCUGGAAGAUGAUCGUCCUCAACGACUGCCUGGGAAUGUAUGACUGGUCUUUAUGUGCCAAGUACUUUCUUAACAAAGGGAUGUUUGGAGCCACUGUGUUAAACACAGGAUCUCAGAGGCACUUGAAGUUUGUGAAGGACAUCGAGCGAAUGAUGACAUUUGGAUGCUUUUCAUUGACAGAGCUGAGCCAUGGCAGUAACACAAGAGCCCUGAGGACAACAGCCAAAUAUGACCCCAACACUCAGGAGUUUGUGAUCAACUCUCCAGACUUUGAAGCAGCAAAGUUCUGGGUGGGGAACUUGGGGAAGACCGCCACUCAUUCAGUUGUAUUUGCCCAGCUCUACACACCUGAUGGAAAAUGUCACGGCCUCCACUCUUUUAUAGUACAAGUCAGGGAUCCAAAGACCUUGUUGGCUAUGCCAGGAGUGAUGGUUGGGGAUAUGGGGAAGAAACUGGGUCAGAACGGUCUGGAUAAUGGUUUUGCAGUGUUUCACAAUGUGAGGAUACCUCGGGAAAACUUGCUAAACAAAACAGGAGAUGUUGCGCCUGAUGGGCAAUAUGUUUCCCCUUUUAAAGACCCCAAUAAGCGGUUUGGGGCAUCUUUAGGUGCUCUGUCAGGAGGCAGGGUGGGCAUUACGAGGAUGGCACUGGUCAAUCUGAAGCUGGCAGUGACUGUGGCUGUGCGAUUCUCUGCCACACGCAGACAGUUUGGGCCCAAAGAGGACGAGGAGAUUCCAGUGCUGGAAUAUCAACUGCAGCAAUGGCGUCUCAUUCCAUUCCUGGCAGCCGUGUAUGCACUGGAGCACUUCACCAAAUCCUUCAGCAGGAACUUUGUGGAAUUUCAAAUGGGACUUUUAAUGAAGGACAAGAGCGACAGACAGGCUGAACUGGGCAGAGAGAUCCAUGCCUUGUCCUGUGCGAGUAAACCUUUGGGAUCAUGGACUGCUCAGCGAGGUAUUCAGGAAUGUCGAGAGGCCUGUGGAGGACACGGUUACCUUGCCAUGAACCGACUGGGGGACAUGCGGGACGACAACGACCCAAACUGCACAUAUGAGGGAGACAACAACGUCCUCCUGCAGCAGACAAGCAACUACCUGCUCAGCUGGAUCCAACACAAACAAGAAGGUAACGGAAGGAUCGAAUCCCCUCUCGAGACUGUCAACUUCUUAGAUGACAUGAGCAGCAUUCUGCAGAGCAAGUUCACAGUUGGCUCAGUGGAAGAGUGCAUGAACUCAGCCGUGCCCCUGGCAGCGUAUAAGUGGCUGGUGUGUUUCUUACUGGGUGAGAGCCAGAGGAAGCUGUUUCAGGAGAAAUCUUCCGGACUGGGAGACUUUGAGGCCCGAAACAACAGCCAAGUGUAUUACUGUCGUACAUUGGCUAUCGCCUUUAUUGAGCACACAGUGCUGCAGCGUUUCCAUGAUCUGAUUCAGGAUGAACAGACUCCAGCUGCUCUCAGAUCAGUGCUGGGGCGUCUCUGUGCUCUCUAUGGCUUGUGGACUCUCACCAAUCACAUGGCAAUCUUGUAUCAAGGAGGUUAUUUUUCUGGUGGGCAGCCGGUUGACUUCAUCCAGACAGCCAUUCUCACUCUGUGUGGGCAGCUGAAGGAUGACGCUGUGGCAUUGGUUGAUGUUUUCGCUCCUCCUGACUUCAUCCUCAACUCUCCCAUUGGCAAAGCGGAUGGUGAGCUCUACAAAAACCUGUGGUCUACAGUCAUGCAGGGUAAGAACGUUCUGGAACGGCCAUCUUGGUGGGCUGAGUUUUGUUCUGACAAACCUGUUGUUGGAUCUCUCCGAGCCAAACUCUAAAUCCUCAGUCUGGAAAAAUCAUGGCAGACAUCCUUCUGUAUACCCUUCAAGCCAAGCAGUUUUAUCCUGAUAUUGCAAAACUGUCGUACAGUUGUCACAAUUAAAUGAACUGAAUGUUGCAUCUAAGAAGAUGUUAAUUUUGGUGUUAUAUCAUGAACAGAUUCAGUAAAGCUUCUUAAGAUCAGAAAAAAACAGCACGUGGUGUGCUGUACACAUUAAUAAAAGUAUUUUUGCAGCGCUUCCUUAUUCACUGUGCCACGAUAAACUUUUAAUAGUAACUCCAUAUAUAUUUCGCUGUCUUGAUUGAACCUACAUUGCCAGAUCUGUGGCUUUAAAGGUGACAUUGGCUGGCUAAUUACAAAUGUUGAUAUGAUUCUGAAGGGUUAAGCUUUUUAAUGGUACUGUAAAAAAAACAAAUUUUACCUUGUCAAAAACACCUCAAUUCACAGUAAGCCAGUUUGCUUCUUAUCUGUUUAACUGCUACUGAACUUCUGUUCACCACUCUCUGAGGCUGCCGGAUCGUGAAUGGCUAAUAGCCUACCAGUCAAUUUUUUGUGGCGCAGUUACUGAAUAUACCAUUGCACCACACAUACAGCUCUCAUUAAGCAUUUAGCUUCUGCUGAAUUUGGGCUGUGACUGACAUGAAGUAGAAUUUGAAGCUUUUAUACAUUUCAAUGACACAAUACAUAAAAUCGAUGCAUAUAAAUGAUCAUUUCUUGACAAUGCAGCAUGCCAUUAAUCAAACUAACAUUUACACAAAGUGGCACUGCUGGAUUUGGCAAAAGCUCUAUUUCUGAACUGGUCAUUUAAAACACACUUACAAGCACAGCUCUGAACACAUGACAGAAUGAUCUAAUUUUAAACACAAGUGAAUUGAAGUUAACUUUUGAUAACAACCUAACAAAAACUACAAUUGUAUCUAAAGAAUGAAGCUUUCAGACAAAUUGUAGGUUUGCUUAGAUUCUUUAAAGAAAUAAGAAGUCCAGCUUCGUAUUUCUGAUAACACAGACAUUAUCAUCUCCCCCUUAAAAAUCUUUGACAUAAAUAGGCUAAGAUAGUUUAAAAAAAGCAACUAAACUCUAAUAAAUCUAUAAAAGGGAACAUUUCAUCUGAUGUCACCUUUAAUGCACAGGUAGCUAAACAUAGAAAACAACCAUACUUUAACAAAACCUUUACAAUAACAAUGUUUAGAUACUUAUUGUACAUUUUGUGUCAUGUUGAUACAGUGCUCAGCAUAGAGUGCAACUCGUUUUGAAAAUUAAUAUGUUUUUCCAUUUCUCAGUGAAUAUAGGCAAUGUAUUUUGGUGCAUUUAAACAAAACAGAUUUAUUAAACAGAUAUAUUUAUUACAAUAAUAUUUUAGUCACCAACAUAUUUAGAAAUUAAAAGAUAAUACAGUUAAAGUAAAGCUAAAUAUUGCACAAAAACAAAUUACAACCUGCAAAAUGUUUCUUUUUUUUUUUUUUUUUUUUUUGCUGCUCUUGAUUUCUCCUCUCAUUUAAUUUGUAUUUAAUAAUUUUCUAUAACACACAUUUGGCUGUACUAGUUUUUGGAACAUUAUCGUAAGUUAUUUGGUUAAAUAAGCUCCAGAUUUAGCUUCAGUACUGACUAAUCUAAUGUAUAUGCACAAAUAUAAUAUUGUAAAGCUUCCUAUAGAAAAUUUGAAUUAAAAAAUAGAUUUGUGAGUGCUGUAUCUGUUUAGGAGUGAAUAUGUGUGAUUUCUUUUUUUCUGAAUGGUAAAUGAUUUUAUGCACAUUGUCAUCUUGUAUUAAUAUGUAAUGUAUAAUUGCAACAGAUUUUGACUUUUUAAAUAAUAAUAAAUAUUUCUUAAUUAUUUAAA